AUGUCAACGAACCCGAACGAGGUAUUGUUCCCUCCGGAACAGGUACCUGCUGGUCAACCUCCUAUAAAGGAGCAAAAGGAGCCUGAAUUGGUGCCUUCACCCAAUUAUGAUCUUUCUCAAGCUACAACCAAACCAGUUCCAAGACUUUCUGUCGAACCAACCUAUAGAGGCUGGAAAGAAGUUGGAGGUUGGGAACAUGAUGAUGUUUUAACUGCUGAAGAUGAAUCAAUUGAUUUAUUGGCUAAAACAACUGUUUUCGAUAAUCUUCUUCCUCCAGUCAUUUAUGGGGAUUGGUAUCAUAACGUGGGGUAUUUAAUUGUUGGUGCCUUACUUUCUUGGAUUAUUGGUUGGUUCCGGUUUUCAACUGCUCCCUUAUUCUUUGUGGCUAUCACUUUCUCCAUCUUGUAUCGUGCUUCUGUAAGAAAGUAUAGAACAAAUUUAAGACAUUUGGCCCAAAGAGAAUUCACUGUUAGACAAAUUGAAAAUGAUUAUGAGACUAUGGAUUGGUUGAAUAUCUUUUUGGAAAAAUUCUGGUACUUUUUGGAACCUUCAGUUUCCCAAAUUGUUUGUGACCAAGUUAACCCAAUCUUAGCUUCUUCCCCUGCCCCUGGUUUCAUAAAGAAAUUGUGGAUUGACUCGUUCACUGCUGGUACAAAACCUCCUCGCAUUGACUUUGUUAAGACCUUACCUGGUACUGAUGAAGAUGUAGUGGUUAUGGAUUGGAUUUGUUCUUUCACUCCUAACAACUUGACUGAUUCCAAUGGUAAGCAAAUGAAAAAUAACGUUAACCAAAAGAUUGUCGUCAAGGCUGAUUUAUUUGGUAUCCCUAUUCCUGUUUCUGUAUCAGACAUUUCCUUUAGAUCCUCGUUAAGGGUUCGUAUGAGAAUGAUGUCUGCCUUCCCUCAUAUUGAAACCAUUAACGUAACUUUACUUGAAGCUCCAGAUUUUGAUUUCAACUGUCAAUUGUUUGGUGAUACGAUCUUUAACUCAGAAGUUUUGAAUUUCCCUGGAUUGUACCCACUUAUUCAUCAAAUGGUUAAGAAAUACGCUGGUCCAAUCUUGUUCACUCCAAUUUCUUUCCAAUUAAAUGUUCAACAACUUAUGGCUGGUCAUUCUUUGAAUUCUGCUAUUGGUGUCUUGGGUGUCACUGUUAAGAGUGCAAAGGGACUUAAAUCCUUUGCCAAUGUUGGUGGUACUUUGGAUCCUUACUUGACCAUGGGUUUCAAUAAUGUUGUCCUUGCUCAAACUCCAAACAAGAGUAGCACAAGAAGUCCAGUUUGGAAUGAAACGUUUUACUUUCCUAUUUCUUCCUUGUCUGAACCUUUGGAAAUUAACGUGUUUGACAAAAAUAAGACUAUUGCUGAUACAAUGUUUGGUGGUAUUCAAUUGGACUUGUAUCUGAUGCGUGAUAACAAGACUCAAGACUUCACUUCCUCUUUUAUUAGAAAUAACAAAGUUGUUGGUGAAUUGCUGUACUCCUUACAGUUUAUGCCUUCCCUUGAAGCACAGAGACAACCAGAUGGUGCAGUUAUUCCACCUCCUGAUUUGAACACCGGUAUUGCCUUAAUCAACGUUUCAACUGCUAAGCGUUUGAAGGGAGUUAAACCUGAUACACCUCCAAAUACUUAUGUUGAAUUGUGGGUUAAUAACGAAUUAGUAUCCACUUCUAAGACAUUUAAAAAGAAUGCCAAUCCUGCUUAUAAUGUUUCUAAGGAAAUGAUUAUUGAACACAGAGCUAAAUCAAGAGUUAAACUUGUAUUGAAGAGCAGUGACAAUGAUAAGGUUAUGGGUACUAUUCGUAGUACCUUAAAUAACCUUAUUGAUGGUACCCAAGUUGGUCAAACCUGGCAACCAUUUGCUAACGGUGGAGAAGUUCAAAUUCUGACUUCUUGGAAACCAGUUGAAUUGGACUAUGUCACCAGUACAGGUGGAUAUACUCCUCCAAUUGGUGUUGUCAGAGUGUGCGUUAAAAAGGCUGAAGAUUUGCGUAACUUGGAAACCAUUGGUAAGGUUGAUCCAUAUGUUAGACUUCUUGUGAACGGUAUUCAAAGAGGUAGAACUGCAGCUGCUGAUUCGACUUUGAACCCAACUUGGAAUGAAGUUCACUAUAUUACUGUGUCAUCUCCUAAUCAACGGUUGAAUAUUGAAGUGAUGGAUGUUGAAGCCCACUCACCCGAUCGGACCUUAGGUAGCUUUAAUGUCGGUCUUAGUGAAAUUAUUCAUAGAGAUGAUAAGGGUAAUUACAUUGAGUAUGUUGAUUCAGAAGACAGAGAAGGUAAGUUAAUUCAUAAAAAGGGACCAAAAGGUGUUGUUACUUAUGAAUUAUCAUUCUUUCCCGUUAAGCCAGUUAUGUCUUUGGAAGAUUUGAAGUAUGAAGAAAUUGCAAAGGCUAAGGAGGAAGAAUUGAGGAAGAAGAAACAAGAGGAAUUGGCUAAACAAGGAGGUGAUGCCAAGACUGCCACUGUUGAUGAUACUGCGGAAGUGGAAGAUUUUGUUGACACAAGUAAAGCACAUUUGUCAUUGGAGCAAUUACUUGAAUAUACUAGUGGUGUGCUUGUGUUUGAAUUCUCUAACAUCCUGUUAGUAAAGGAUGGCUGUUAUCUUCAAGCGUACUUUGAUACUCAUGGUCAUGCUGAUUAUACUUCUCAGAAAUUCAAGAGCAAAAGAAUUGAUGUUGGUACCACUGGUGAUGUGAUCAUCAAUGAAUUGGAAUGGUCUUCUGCAAUGUUUAGACUUGUUAAGAAGGAAGGUGCCAACAGAGCCGAAAAGAGUCUUGCUGAAAUAACAGUGCCAACUAUGCAAUUGUUGAAGAAUGGGUACCAUAAACCAUUCACUCUUGACUUGAAUGGAUCCAGAGUCGAUGUUCAAGUGCAAUGGAUUCCAAUUGUUUAUGCCACUCAAUUCCCAAUUCAAGACUCAUUCAAGAACUGUGGUGUCUUGACUGCAGAAGUUUUAAGAGCUACUGAUUUGGUUGCAUCUGAUAGGAACGGUAAAUCAGAUCCAUACAUUAAGUUAUAUUUGAACUCCGAAAGUGAUAACUUUUUGAAGACCAAAACAAUCAAAAAGGAUCUUAAUCCUACUUGGAAUACUUUUGAAACAGUCAAGGUUUUCAACUUACAUGAUGCUACCAUUAAGGUUGUUUGUAUGGAUUGGGACAUGGCUGAUGAUGAUGAUCUUAUAGGUACUGGAAUAGUUGAAAUGAAGAAUGUCAAAUUGGGCGAAGAGGUUGGUGUUCCCUUAACUUUUGAAGAAGAAGGUGAUGGUGGUGUUGCUUAUUUGAGAUUUUCCUUCAAACCAGAAAUCUUAUUCAAUGCCAGAGCUGCUACCACUACACCCUUUGGUGUUGCCUCGGGUGUUGGUUUAGGAGCAGUCAAAGGUGUUGGGAAAGGUGUUGAAGGUGUUGGUAAAGUCGGAAAGGGUAUUGGUGGUGUUCUUUUGAAGCCCUUCGGGAAGAAGGACAAAGAUAAGGAUAAUGACUGA